AAAUUUUCUAAAGAAAAAUAUCAAAAAGAAAUAAUAUUAUAUUAUUGAACAAAAAAACAUAAAUUUAUGUGAAAAUUGUAGACAACCAAAACCGGUUAAUUGUAUGGCAAGUGAAAUAUUGCAAGUGAAAUUUUUUUGUUUUUUUGUUUAUUUGUCUGUGGUUUUACGUUUUUAAUGUUUAUAUUAAACAACAACAGCAACACAAAUGCAACAUUAGCAACAACAAAUAAAGCAAAGCACAAACAAUAAUGUUCGUAAAUUAAGGCGAGUGGCAUCUACCUUAACAUAUAAAUUUUUUUUUUUUUUUUUUUUUUUUGUAAAUUUUCCAAUCAAUUCAUUAAAAGAAAUCAAACAUUCAAGCAUUCAACUCAACCCACUUCUUCGCAUCUCAAAGAAAAAAAAAAAACAAAAAAAAAAUAAUCUUUACAAAUAUAACAACAACUAGCGUGUUUUAAUUAAAAAAGCAAACAAAAGAAGUUCGAAAUAAAAACAAAACAAUCAUUUUAUAUUGGCUUAUAUUCCUUUCUCCCGGUUUUUGAUUGAUUAUUAAAAGCAAAAAACAAAAAAAAAAAAUAAAAAAAAUUAAACAAUUUUUAAACAUAUUUAUUUUGAAAAAAAACUAUUGUAACUGUUUACAUGGAUAUUAUUGAAUAGAUCGCGGUGUAUUUAAGCAAAAACCAGUAUUAAAAAUGAAAAAUUGUUUAAAAAUUUUGUAAAAGAAAAUUUUUUUUUAUCAAUGCUUUAAAAAAGAAAAGAAAAAAAUUGUGACCAAUCAUCACGAAGUGAAACCAAAAUAAGAGAGUUCCUUCUUCGCCAAGGUAUUCUCAUUGAUCUUAUAAAUCUGAGUACAGGUUUUCGAGCGAUGCAAUUGAUUGUUGACAAAAUUCCCAUGUUUUCCAAACAAACAACAAAACGUAAUUCCAAAAAAAAAAAUGAUGAAAUGAAUGGCCAAGCAGGCUCCUCAAGGGCUCCAGCCUUAGGGGGCCAAAUUUCACCAACUGGCAGUUAUACAACCGACUCGCAGCAGCAACAAUUCCAGCAGCAACAACAAUUCUAUUUUCAACAACAACAGCAACACCAACAGCAGCCAGGUUUUCAUCAUCAUCAGCAAAAUUUAUUAAAUCAUGGCAGCAGCUAUCCGAACAGUGGCGGUUCAUUUUUAAGCGAACCGGAUAGUUUGCGUACGCUGAAUAACACGUUUGGACCGAAUUCAGAAUUUACCUCAACAUCAUCGGUAGCGGCAAACGAGCGCCUAUUAUUACCUAGUCGUGAAGUAGGUGGUGCCGCUGUCAGCGGUAGUAAUCUUAGCAUUGGCAGUAGUGUUGGUCUAACAGUUUCCUCUCCCUCCUCGCAUACAUCUCCGGUAUCCGCUGUAGGUUCCGGAAAUUCUCUCAACAACAGCAAUAGUUAUAAUACUAUGGUAACAGCCACUGGUGCUCAACAAGCCAACAUGGAUGCUAUGAGUGGUUAUAGUCAGAUGGGUGGUAUGCACCCAGGCGCUAAUAAUAGUAUGAUGGGUAUGGGCCCACAAUCUCAGCAUGCGCAUCAGUAUAUGAAUGGUAACGGUGUCGGUGGUGGCCCUGGUGGCAUGAAUCCAGCGGCAAUGGGUCCCAUGUCAGGCUCCAAUUCAGCAUCUGCCAGCAUGCAAAUGAAUCAAAUGGGCGGAGGCAAUGCUGCUAGCCAAAUGAACGGCGGCAUGCUUGGCUAUGGUGGUAGUGUCACAGGACCAACGACAACCUCAGCGAGGCAUCAUCAAAUUACGCCCAUGAAUCAAAUGCAAAAUAUGUCUAUGAGCGGCAUGGGUGGCAUGCAGCCUGGCAUGGGACCCAGCGGCGUCAGUGGUGCCAUGUCGUUGCAGCAACAGCAGCAGCAGCAGCAAAUGAAUUCAAUGAAUCCCAUGGCUAAAAUACAAGGGAUGGCUAAUGGUGGUUACAAUCAGCGGCGUAUGGCUCCAUAUCCGAAUCCUCAAAUGCAUGCCGCACAGAAAAGGGCUGGUAUUUAUCCGAUAAGUGCAAGUUCGCAAAGUAUUUCUCAGCAACAAGGUGGGAUGCCAUAUGGUAGUGGCAGUCAAAUGCAUCCUCAGGGAGGCGGUGGUGUACCGUUACCAAUGCAAGCUAGUGCUUACAGUCGAACAGGUCCUAUGGGUGGCUAUGGUCGCCCAGGUAAUGGUGCUGGUAUGGGAUGUAUGGGUCCAGGUAGCUUAGGGCCAGGCGUUGUUAUGGGUCCGGGUAUGGGACCGGGCGGCGUUAUGGGACCGAACGGUAUGGGUGCUGGAAACGGUAUGGGACCCGGCGGUAUGGGGCCUGGCUGUAUGAAUUCCAUGCAACGUUUUAUGCCGCAAGGCGGACCGAACGGAGGUUAUGGCUCACAAUCGCAUCACUCACAACAGCCACAAUUCUAUCCGGGUGCGCAAAGCAACAUGAGCAUGGUUGGUAGCAAUUCAUCUAACACCAUGUGUCCGGCUGGUCCCGGCUCUGUCUCAAGCUCUUCGAAUCCCUAUCAAAAUCCAGGUUUUCAACAAAAUUACCAACAUAGUCCAGUUCCUGGCAAUCCAACGCCUCCGUUAACGCCCGCCUGCAGUGUACCCUACGUCAGUCCAAAUCCCGACAUUAAACCACAAAUGGACAAUUCUGAAGAAAUGAGACUGACAUUCCCGGUACGUGAUGGCAUUAUACUUACACCGUUCCGAUUAUUGCAUAAUCUGUCCGUAAGCAAUCAUGUUUUUCAUCUUAAACAAAACGUCUACAAUACGUUGAUGUGCCGAUCGGAUUUGGAACUUCAGCUGAAAUGUUUCCAUCAAGAUGAUCGCCAAAUGAAUACCAAUUGGCCGCACACGGUUACAGUUUCGGCUAAUGCAACACCCUUGAAUAUUGAACGUUCUGAAAAGACCGGCCAAGCUUUAAGACCUUUGUAUUUAAAAUCGGUUUGUCAGCCGGGACGUAAUACCUUGCAAUUAACCGCUAGUUCCUGCUGUUGUUCCCACUUGUUUGUGUUGCAACUAGUCCAUCGACCCUCCGUACGUCAGGUAAUGCAAGGUUUGCAUAAACGCAAUCUCUUACCGUUGGAGCAUAGCGUAGCGAAGAUUAAGCGCAAUUUCACUCAAAAUCCCGAUAAUACUAGCAAUAAUGGCCCUAACAGUAUGAACGCGGAUCCCAACAAAUGCGUUAAGAUCUCAUUGAAAUGUCCGAUUAUGAAAACUCGAAUACGUUUACCGGCACGUGGUCUAGAAUGCAACCACAUACAGUGCUUCGAUCUAGAAGCCUAUUUAAUGAUGAAUUGCGAACGUGGCACAUGGCGUUGCCCUGAAUGCAAUAAACCCGCCCUUACCGAAAGCCUAGAAAUCGAUCAGUAUUACUGGGCCAUAUUAAAUACGCUAAGUACCAGCGACGUGGAAGAAGUGAUUAUCGACUCUUCGGCUAAUUGGCGGGCAUUGCAAGGCGGAACAACGGGUAGCAAUAAUAACGGCGGCAAUAGCUCAGCUGGCAAUAAUCUUAACUCCUCAACUACUAAUUCGGGAGCGAACGUUGGCGGCAGCAAUUUAAAUUUGCCUACUAUCAAACAAGAGAAUUUCUCUGAUGAUAUUACUAAAGUGAUGUCACCGGGUUCGACACAAUUACCAAUCUGGGACAGCACGCAAGCAAUGAGUCCCUACAAUAGUCACGAUAUGAAUUCCAUUGCAAGCGGCAAUAUGAUGAGCGGCGGCGGGGCGGGUAAUACAGGGCAAGUGGUAUCUAACCGCAGUAAUUUCGAUAGUUUCAAUAAUUCUCAAGUCACGGGUGAUAUACAACAACAACAGCAACAGCAGCAGCAGCAGCAGCAGCAGCAACAACAACAACAGCAGCAACAACAACAAAAUGAUCCUAGCCAGCAACAGACAAAUAAUUCUUUAACACAUUUGAAUGAACCGCUGGAUCAAUUAAAUGCUAUGGAGAAGUCACUUAACGAUCAAAUGCCGCAUACGCCGCAUACACCCCAUACGCCAGGCGGUGCUAGCCAUCCUAUGACUCCAGGCGGACCGCCAUCCGUAAGUUCGGCUCAUAAUGAGCCUUUGAACGGGGGUACUCCAAAUGGCAAUGCGGGCAAUAAUGUCAGCAGCCAUAAUUCACCACAAACCCCAGGUACACCUAAUAAUCGCAUGAGCGGUGGCGGCAAUGCGGCACAAGAUCAGCAGCAGCAGCAGCAACAACAACAACAACAACAACAGCAACAGCAACAACAGCAAAAACAACAGCAACAGUCACAACAAGAGCAAAUUAUUAAUUCGUUAAUAAACUCGCAGCCCACCGGUUUGGUAAAUCUCAAUGAGAGUGAUCUAAAUGUGGAGUUAAACAAUUUCGAUGCUAAUCUCGAAAAUCCUGAUGCCGCCAAUGAUUUGAAUCUACUUUCCGAUGUCGACACAUUAGAGAUUUUAUCAUAUUUGGAACCACAGCCCGAUUUAAAUACACCGCCUUCCAGUGGUUCAAGUAAUAACAACAACAAUGAGGACAUUUUGGCUUCGCUAUUCGACUAAGUUGUAUAUUAAAAUAAAAUAUAUAUAUAUAUAUAUAUAUUAAUUAAUUAAUUAAUGUAACAACAAGAAUUCACAUCAUUCGCUAAUUCUACACCAUUUCAAAGAAAUCUGCUUCAAAAAUAAUUGAAAUAAUUGUAAAUAGAAAAAAUCAUGUCUUUGUGUGUGUAAAAACAAAACAAAAAACAA